AUGUCCAUCAUCGACGACGAGAAGAAGUUCGAGGUUGUUCAGAAUGAGGUGAUGAGUGACGGCGUCGACAGCAUCAUCGACGACCGCCUCAAGGUCGAGUUCCCUGCCAGCCUCGCGGCUCUCACUGCCGAGGAGCUCGCUGCCCUUGACCGCGCCACCACUCGCAAGGUCGACAUCCUUCUGAUGCCUACCUUGCUCACCCUCUACACGCUCAACUACCUUGACCGUAACAACCUCCAGAUGGCCAAGAUUGGCGGCAUGACCACGGACCUCGGCAUGACGAGUACGCAGUACGCCACCUGCGUGUCGGUCCUGUUUGCCGGCUACGUCUCGCUCCAAGUCCCCUCCAACAUGAUCGCCUCGCGACUCUCGCGCCCCGGCUCCUACAUCUGCUUUAUGUGCGGCCUGUGGGGUGCGGUCUCUGCAUGCACUGGCGCCGUCAAGUCGUACGCCGGCCUGGCCGUCUGCCGCACCGUCCUUGGUUUCACAGAGGCGGCAUUUUUCGUCGGCGCGCUUUACCUCCUGUCUACCUUUUACACAAAGGCCCAGCUCGCUCUCCGUACCUCCAUUCUGUACUCUGGCCUGCAGCUCGGCAAUGCCUUUGGAGGCCUGUUCGCUUUGGCGGUGUUCAACCUCGACGGAGCCCACCACAUUGCCGGCUGGCGCUGGCUGUUCAUCGUCGAAGGAGCCCUCACCGUCGGUGCCGCCUUUGUGUUUGCGGGGUUUAUCCCCAACACGCCCAAGACCAUUCGCUGGCUCACACCUCUGGAGCGCGACCAGCUCGUGUAUCGCCUCGCUGAGGAUUUCGGUUCAUACCACGAACCGGGUCCCUUCUGGCCCAGCGUGCGUCUCGCGCUCACCGACGUCAAGAUGUGGCUGUUGCUCUUGUGCAUGCUCCUCAAUGCAAUCACGUCGGCUGCCACCAACUUUUUCGCCCUCAUCAUCGACUCGCUCGGCUUCAACCGCUCCACCACGCUCCCACUCACUGUUCCGCCCUACAUCCUCUGCAUGGCCGUGAUUCUCGCGUAUUCAUGGCACUCGGACAAGAAGCAGGAACGCGCGCUGCACAUUGCCAUUCCCUACGCCAUCGUCAUCGCCGCCAACAUCAUCGCCAUGGCCACCACCAACACGGCCGCGCGCUAUUUCGCCAUGAUGCUUAUGCCGAGCGCAUUCUACGCGCCCGCCGUCAUCGUCUAUUCGUGGAUGUCGACCUCUAUCACUGGGACCAGCACCAAGCGCGCCACCGCCAUGGCCCUCAUCAACGCUUCGGCCAACACGCCCAGUAUCUGGACGUCGUACCUGUACUCUGGCCAUGAGCCGCACUACUAUGCGGCGUUUAGCGUCAACAUUGCCGCGUCGCUCCUCGCCAUCGUUUUCGCAGUCGCUACAGGCCAGUACCUCAAAAAGCUCAACAGCCGCCUCGACAAGGGCGAGGAUCUCGGUCCCCAGGGCCCCACUGAAGUGCAGAAGCGCGCUGGGUUCCGCUUUGUCGCGUAG